UAUUUUGAAAGCCGAUUGUCGUCAUCACAGACACGUUUCUUUACGUUCUAUGUCGUAGACGUUUGACGGUAUGUGGAAAGUAGCAAUGUCGGAGGAGGUUGGGAAGGCUUUGCAGUCGGUAGUGGAGCGGGUGAACCAGGCGGCGGCACGGCGGCCCAAGACACUACCAGCAGUGCCGCCCCGCCUCGUAGCUGUCAGCAAGACAAAACCCCCAGAGAUGGUUGUGGAGGCCUACAGACAAGGGCAGCGUAACUUUGGAGAAAAUUACGUUAAUGAACUCGUGGACAAAGCUUCAGAUCCUCUGAUUUUAGAAUCUUGUCCAGAAAUCAAGUGGCACUUCAUCGGCCACCUACAGAAGAAUAAUGUCAACAAACUUUUGGGUGUGCCAAACCUGUUCCUUGUGGAGACGGUUGACUCAGCGAAACUGGCUGACAGGGUGAACAGCUCAUGGCAGCGGAUCAGGGGAGCCAGCACACAGAGGUUAAAGGUCAUGGUGCAGAUCAACACCAGUGGAGAGCAGAGUAAACAUGGCCUGCCACCAGAGGAGACGGUGAACACAGUAAAACACAUUGUUUCCCAGUGCUCCGCCCUGCACUUCUCAGGACUCAUGACCAUUGGGCGCUAUGGCUACAACCUCACCCUGGGCCCCAACCCGGACUUUCAAAUGCUGCUGAGUCGGAGGCAGGAGGUGUGUGACAGUCUGAAGCUGCCUCUGGAGGAGGUAGAGCUCAGCAUGGGUAUGUCCACAGAUUUUGAACAUGCGAUCGAGGUGGGCUCCACCAACGUGCGAGUGGGUAGCAUCAUAUUCGGCAACAGGGAGUAUCCCAACAGUGCGGCAAACACUCCAAAUCCCAGUCCAGUGCCCAGCCCAGCUCCCAGCCCAGAGAAAACAUCCAAGGUGGUGUCUGAAGAGGCUGCCAAGAAGAUGCAGCACCUCACUGUGUCCGAACACUAAGACAAGCUUCUCAAGUGAAAUACCUUUAAAAAAAAAAUUUAAAAAAUAUUCUUCACAUGCAGAAUGAAGGGAGCAGUGAAGCAGAUCAUUUCCACACACCCAUGUGGAGUUAGGAUUGCAAAGUUCUUGCAUAAUUUUAAAGUGUAUUUGCCUAAUCACCGUCACUUUUUUGUGUGCCCUUCUUGCUCUUUCAAGCACUAAAAAGUGGCAUUCGCUACAGAACUAGUUAAACCGUUUUUUAAAAGUAGUGUGUUACUAACCUUUAGUGCUCUGACUUCCUCUUCGUGGAAAUCUCUCCUUCAAGAUUACUGGAUACACCACAGAGGUACAACCACUGAAAACAUGAUGACAAAUGGAAAAUGAUUUCUCAUGAGUUAUGAGAUGUGUUUGGAAUUGUUGUGCUGGUGUGAUAUUUUCUACCUUUCCAACCCAACAUGUGACAGUGCUGAAAUGUACUUGACUGUGUAGUGUUCAGAGAUCAGGAGUACCAGACAGUACAAUGUACCGUUUUUGUUGUACAGAUGAAACAAAGACUUGAUUUAAUAAAUCAUUUAUCCCUUUAUAAUGACACAUAGUAUUGUGCGUUUGAUAUUGUUUCGUACGGUGUGCCAAACAUGUCAAAUCUCUAUUCUUGAUAUUAACAAAUUCAAGAGUAAACCUGAGGAACCUGUUUUGUUUUUGUGUAACAGUGUUGUGUUUGUGCUAUGAUGUGGUACAUUGUUGGAGAUGAGAGCGUUGCACCCUAACCUAUGCAAAGUGGUGAUCUUGUUUCAACAUGUUCUCAAGUAGAUUUUUACACUGCAGCUGUGAUGGUGUCGCAGUGGUUUCUUCAAAGAUGUCACAUGGUUAGUGUGUUUUCCUGUCUCCAUGAGAAGUACGAUCAUUGUCAAUGACUUUUAAAAAAAAAAAAAAAAAAAAAAAAAAAAAAGCUCAGUCAACUUGUGGUUAAAUGUGGUUGCUGUCCAAACAAGGCCUUUGAGCAUUGUUCAGUUUGGAAUCUGGCUCUGAGGGAAGCCAAGCAAUAAAUUUUACUGUUAAAA